AUGGCUGAAGAUGGUUCUCCUAAAAUUUAUUGUUAUCCUCCAAAAGAAAGGAGUAAAACAUCAGCCGAAGCAACCAUUUUCUUUGGGACUGACAACGCUACUCCUAAAUCAGAAAAAACUAUUACUUCAGAAGGUGACCACAUUUCUUCAGUAAAUGACUAUACGCUAGAAAGUGAUUUUUCAACUAUUAUAGGCAACAGGCUUACCCCUCCAAAGGAAAGACUAAAAUCUGAAGAAGAUGUUGAGAACCAUAUUAUGAAGACAACAACUCAUCUGGAGAAAGAAAUUACCACUCUGACUGGCACUGCAAACUCCACAGCUGAUGACUCUAUUAUCGAAAAUUCAAUUCCAGUGAAAACUGGUAAUAUUUCACCAGUUGCGACUGUUUCUUUAAUAGAUUUUUCCAUUGGCCUUGAAGAAAAAGACAUUCUAUUGGAUAGCAUUGACCCAGAGGAUGAAGAUAUCCCGAUAACUUCUGAAGUCUCUGAUGAACCUAAGGAAAGCACCAUCAGCGUUGCUCAGACUCCUGACCUUUCAGCUAAGAAGAGUGUAUCUGACAUUAACAAUUGUAAUUCCUCGAUCAAAUUCACAGCCACCACUGAUGAGAUUGUCCAAGUCACUGACUCCUUUAUUCCUGAGUCUGAAAUCUCUGCUUCUACUGAAAACAAUACCACCACUAUUCCAGACAUAACUGCCCUUGCUGAAGAGAAAAUUACUGAAAUUGACUUAAUUCUUUCAGAAAAUGACCCCAAUGCUGUGGCUAAAUUAACUGACUCUGAUGAGGAAAACUUUAUCACUGUAUUUGAACUCACUGCCUCUGCUGAAAAAGACAAAGAUAACCCAGAAGACAUUCCGCUACUUGAUGAAGACUCUAUUGAUGGGGUAAAUGUUUGGCUGGAGAAAAAUACUGCAAAUGAAGCAGAGACCCAUUCUGUUUUGCUUACUGCUGUUGAAUCCAGAUACAAAUUCAUCAUCCCUGCAUCAGUAGCUACAAACCACAUGGAAGAUUCACCUGCCACAUCAAUGGAAGAUUUGUCUGAAAAUGAAUCUGAAACUAAGACUCCUGAGCCAUCUUCUGAGACUACCCCUGAGCUAGAGACCCUGAACCACAAGGAAGACGCCUUUACAACUGAAAUGGAUGUCUUUACACUACUAAGGGAAGUUCCAAAUGGGUUCAUGAUUUGA